GAACUUUAUUCCCCCCCCCCCGGCUCAGAUGAUGAAGAUGAAAGUCAGAAGGUUCCUCUUCCUCCAGAAACCCCGAUGCCACCACCUCUUCCUCCCACGCCAGAUCAGGUCAUUGUGCGGAAAGAUUACGAUCCCAAAGCCUCAAAACCAUUACCACCUGCCCCAGCUCCAGAUGAGUAUCUUGUUUCCCCCAUCACUGGAGAGAAGAUUCCUGCCAGUAAAAUGCAGGAACACAUGCGAAUUGGUCUCCUGGAUCCUCGCUGGUUGGAGCAGCGUGAUCGAUCUAUCCGUGAAAAGCAGAGUGACGAUGAGGUCUAUGCCCCAGGUUUGGAUAUUGAAAGCAGCUUGAAGCAGCUGGCAGAGCGCCGUACUGAUAUCUUUGGUGUAGAAGAGACUGCCAUUGGUAAAAAGAUUGGGGAAGAAGAAAUCCAGAAACCAGAGGAAAAGGUGACCUGGGAUGGGCACUCAGGCAGCAUGGCCCGCACACAACAGGCUGCUCAGGCCAAUAUUACUCUCCAAGAGCAAAUUGAAGCUAUCCAUAAGGCCAAGGGCCUGGUGCCAGAAGAUGACAGCAAGGAGAAGAUUGGUCCCAGCAAACCCAAUGAAAUCCCCCAGCCACCCCCUCCUUCAUCGGCAUCCAACCCCCCAGCCAGCGCUCAGCCCAUCACGUCCGUGCCUCGUCCGCCCACAAUGCCCCCUCCCGUUCGUGCCGCUGUUGUUUCUGCAGUUCCAGUCAUGCCUCGUCCCCCGAUGACUCCUGUGGUCCGUUUGCCUCCAGGAUCCGUCAUAGCCACCCCCAUGCCACCAAUAAUCCACACCCCGCGCAUCAACGUUGUCCCCAUGCCGCCCUCUGCUCCUCCCAUCAUGAGCCCCCGCCCGCCUCCCAUGAUAGUACCAACAGCAUUUGUUCCUGCCCCUCCUGUGGCCCCGGUUCCUUCCCCGGCACCCAUGCCUCCUGUUCACCCGCCACCACCGAUGGAGGAUGAGCCGGUCUCAAAGAAACUGAAGAGCGAAGACAGCCUGAUUCCAGAGGAGGAGUUUCUGCGCAGGAACAAGGGUCCGGUCACGGUUAAAGUCCAGGUUCCCAACAUGCAGGACAAGACAGAAUGGAAACUGAAUGGCCAAGUGCUGGUGUUCACCCUGCCGCUCUCAGACCAGGUGUCUGUUAUAAAGGUGAAGAUCCACGAGGCCACGGGGAUGCCGGCUGGGAAACAGAAGCUGCAGUACGAGGGCAUCUUCAUCAAGGAUUCGAACUCCCUGGCUUAUUACAACAUGACGAGCGGCUCCCUGAUUCACCUGGCGCUCAAAGAAAGGGGAGGCAGAAAGAAAUAGGCGUCGUGGAGCCCAGAUACGCAACGUGGCUGCGUUGCUGCUUGUGUAACCCCAACCUUUCGAAUCCUCC